UUCUAGGAUAGUCUGCUCCAGAAUGACAUCCCGGUUCAUAUACAUACUACCACUGUUGGUGAGCACGAAUGCCCAAUUCGACCGUUGCUAUGAACGAAUCAUCGGAGGCCGUGAGGUAAACAUUACCGACAUUCCUUUCCAAGUGUCGCUGAAUACGAUUUCUGAUCGACAUGUUUGCGGUGGUGUCGUCAUUUCACCUAGAUGGGUUCUGACGGCAGCCCAUUGUGUGGAAUCACAUGAAGUUAACGUUCGGUUUGCGUCCACUUUCUCGAAUCAUUCGGGACUUCUAGUGUCAGUGAAUCGUUCGGUGCGACAUCCGUUGUACAAUGAAAAAGCUUCUGAUUACGACAUUGCUCUACUCGAACUGGUCGAAGCGAUUCCUUUGGAUGAUAAUUUUUUUGCAGUCGAACUGCCACUACAAAACGAAUCGAUUGAAGAUGGCCGGUGUCUCCUGGUGUCAGGUUGGGGCAUUUCGGGUUUCCCAGUGGAUCGGUUGAAUGCAGUGCAUGUUCCGGUUGUAAAUUUCGAAGAAUGUAAAAAUGUAUAUGGGAGCGUAGGACGAAACGUCACCAAUCGGAUGAUCUGCGCUGGGUAUCCGGAAGGCGGCAUGGGAGUUUGUCACGGCGACUCUGGAGGACCGCUGGUGGAUGGUCGAAAGUUGAUUGGGGUGGUAUCCUGGGGAUUGCCUCCCUGUGCUGGUCCAGGAUUUCCAGGAGUGUACACUCGAGUGGCGGCCUUUCGUAACUGGAUCACUCAGAUUAGUGACGUAUAAAGGUGAAGGAAUAACAAUACUGGCUGACGAAAACUGUGCUGAUUAAAAUUACUUAUAUUUAAGUGAGUCUUAUCUUUCCGGUGCAUUUAAAUGUUCUAAAUUAUUGAAUCUACGAAUAUAGCAUAUCCAGAUAAAAAUAGAAAAGGCAGAUAUACAAAUAAAAAAAGUUAUGGACAAUUGUAGCAUUAUAAGCCGGGUUUAAAAAAAUCUCUAUAAUAAUAA